AUGUCACCUACAACACAGCACUCCUCGAUUUGCAAUCGCAACUGUAAGUUAUGGGAGGAGUUGGCGUCCUCAGAUUUCAGUCUGCCGUCUCCGCGGGACAUUCCAAAUGCUUUAGCUGCUGAGUAUAUGCGAGAGUUGAGCUACAACACGCGGGAAAUGGUGGCGCAGGUUACUCAGGAUGAGCCUAGACUUUUGGAAGUACAGAGAAUUGAAUACGAUAUGUUCCUCACCAGUGGUAAUUCCAACGAAGGACAACUUUAUUUCUUGGAUGCUCCCGGCAGAACCGCCAAAAUUCUCCAGGAAAAUGGGAUUGCCAUAGCGGUUGCAUCCAACAGCAUCGCAGAAACUCUACUGCAAGGCGGUCGUACGGCACACUCUGCAUUCAAAUUACCACUAGACUUGACGAAACAGAGAAAUCCAACUUGCAAUGUUAGUCGUGGCUCAGCCAUGGGGAAUCUUCUCACUGAGUGCAGCCUUAUCAUUUGGGAUGAGGCAGCCAUUUGUCAUAAGGCAGCAUUCGAGGCGCUCGAGCGGUUUCUUCAAGACCUGAGACGCAAUAUGAGAGUGAUGGGUGGAGUGAUUGUUCUGCUUGCUGGCAACUUCCGACAAACUCUACCUGUCAUUCCACGGGGGACACGAGCUGACGAGGUAAAUGCUUCCAAAAAAUCAUCCUAG